GAGAGUCGCUGUCAGACUGCUGUCGGCUGUUCUCCUGUUUAAAGGUGGUGUGACAGUUUGGAGCGGUUUUAUGACUAAUGGCUCAACAAGAGGACUUUACUUUCAAAAGACCAACUCUUCAAUACCUGAAAGUUGACGUCGGCUGCAGCAGCUCUAGCCCACCUGGAUGUGUCAUGGAGAGACAGAGGACUCACUAAGGUGUAGGAUCAUUGUUUAACACGGACACGGAGCAGGAGCUGCUUCGUCUGUGUGUUCAGUGUGUUGUGUUCAUAUAAGACUGUGUUGAUCCUCUGAGCUCAGUCAUCAUGGGCGGUGGAGGAGCUGCUGAUCUGGCACCAACAGCCGCUGUCAAGAUCUUUUCAGCCGGAACAGCUGGCUGUGUGGCCGACCUGGUGACUUUCCCCCUGGACACAGCCAAAGUCCGACUGCAGAUUCAAGGGGAAUCCAAGCCCUCAUUGGAAGGCCAGAGGUUGAAAUACAGAGGUGUGUUCGGCACCAUCGUCACCAUGGUGAAGACUGAGGGCCCCAGGAGUCUGUACAGUGGACUGGUGGCGGGGCUGCAGAGACAGAUGAGCUUCGCCUCAGUCCGCAUCGGACUGUACGACACCAUGAAGCAGUUCUACACCAGAGGGUCAGAAAAUGCAGGAAUCGGGGCUCGGCUGCUGGCGGGCAGCACCACUGGGGCGAUGGCGGUGGCCUUUGCGCAGCCCACUGAUGUGGUGAAGAUCCGGUUCCAGGCGCAGGUCCGCCUGCCUGAGAACGGCUCUGUGAAGAGAUACAGCAGCACGAUUGAGGCGUACAAGACCAUCGCCAGGGACGAGGGCGUCAGAGGGCUCUGGAAAGACUCUGGUCACCUCAACAUCCUCAUCCUCCUCGACCUCACUGCAGCUUUCGACACCAUCAACCACACCAUUCUUCUCUCCCGCCUUGAAUCCUCCCUCAACAUCACCGGCACUGCCCUCUCCUUGCUAAAGUCAUAUCUCACAAACCGGCAACAAUUCAUCAACAUCAACAACUGCACCUCCUCCCCCGCUCCUCUGUCCCAAGGCGUCCCCCAGGGUUCGGUGCUUGGUCCCCUUCUGUUCAUCCUCUACCUGCUUCCCCUUGGUCACAUCAUACGCCACCAUGGCCUCCACUUCCACUGCUACGCCGACGACGUCCAGCUCUACAUUUCCACAAAAUCCAUCAUGUCUCACUGAAAUUAAAUCAUGGAUGCAAAUCAACUUCCUCAAACUCAACUGUGACAAAUCAGACAUGCUUAUCAUCCGUCCAUAAUCACUCACCAAACACGCUCACAACUUCUGCUUAACCAUCGACGACUACACUCUGUCCCCCUCACCUCACAUCCGCAACCUCGGAGUCAUUUUCGAUAGCCACCUCUCCUUCGAACACCACGUCAACCACAUCACCAGGGGCCUCAUGUAUAAAAGACUGCACAGCUUUCACACUGGAAGAUGGCGUACUCACAAAAUUGGAAAAGUACGUAAGCACAGAAAUUUUCACAUGUAUAAAACCGUGCGUGCGCCUGUUCCUGCGCACCUUUCCUUUGUACAACCCAAUUAACGUGAAAUUGAUCGCAGCUGCACGUGCCACUUGGUCCACCUUGUCUCCUCCCAUUAAUAACUAUGCAAAUGACUAUAAACACGCGCCAUGCUGUCACCUAUUGUCCAAAUAACAACGGCAAAUCACGCUGGGAAAGGAACAAAAAAGAAGAAUUUCACCGAGUGUGAAAUUGAAGUGUUUGUUACUGAGGUGGAAGCUAGAAAACAAAUUUUAUUUGAUGCUCUUUUCUUUGGGAAUCAGUAUCAAACGCAACGUGUCUCCACAGCAGCUGACCGUGCGCUCCCAGGCCUCGACUGCUGAGGGGCGGCAGUCUGGAUGUGUCCUUACUAAUGCUGUGCUGGAGUCACAGAGAGAGAUUAAUACAAUGAAGGAUAUAAACGAAUUAAAAAGAAUGAAUGACGUUCUUGGUGAGAUAAGUCAGACAUUAAAAGACCUUGUUAAAAAACAAAUGUUUGUCUCAACGUACCUCGUUGCUUUACAUUCUGUGUAUCACAUCCAAACAGCACUGUAUAGCUGCUGCAUUUGGCUCAUUGUUAGGUGGACCAGGGUCCGGUUCAUCCAUCUGAAGCUCCUCUGGGGCACAGACACACCACGUUGGUUUGCCACAUUGUGCCACUAUAAUAAAGUGGUGAGAGUGAAAAUACACAUGUAUGCAUAUGUGCACAUACAUACAUAUGUUAUUAUGGUAUGGAUGGUCUCGGAGCGAGGUGAACAGCGUUACCACGGUUUAGCACUUAGCAGUUAAUGUUACCGCAGUCUUGUAAAGGGAAGAGUG